AUGUCAAUUUCGGUAAUGUUCUAUUUUGUUUUUUAAUUUUCACUCUGAAGAGUACGGCUGGCUAUCACAUGCUUUUAAAAAGUUUACGGAAAAGUAUUACUAGUACAACGUGGAUACGCCAUAGAGCAUGUGUUUGAUAGUUUUUUAUAAGUCAUCUGCGCGUAUUUUUAUAUGGACUACUUUCACGCCCUGAUAUGAAUUAUCUUAUCUGUUAUCCCACGACGUUUUGCGUCCAAGUCGUUAGAUAUGUCUGCCUGCGUCCGAAUUGCAUGACGUGAAUUUGCAUAGAAGACAAAGCAAUUGCAGAGGGCUUAAGUUAAACUCUCUUAACCUUAAAAUUUAAUGUGAAACUGCACUGCCGACUGUGGAAACAAAUAGCAAGGUAUAAUGCAAUUGCGCUGACAUGUGUGUUUUUUUACCGCGCAGUAUGAGUUGAAAAUAAGGCUUCUUCUGGUUUGUAAGAAGUUUUUUUAAUUUGCUGUAUCGCCAGUGUCCCCUGCCAGCACCAGCCCCCUCUGGCCUCCUCAUAGCCCCGCCUCAUUAGGGGGCCGAUGGCGAUCGCCAUCUCGGGAAAUGUGAGGAAGAAAUACAUACUAUGCUGUUUGCGGAGCAAUAUACGGUGAAAAUUUCGCAACAUCUAAAGACACUUAUCUAUGAUGGUAACAAAGGCAUUAGAAAGUAAGGCAAUAAUUUGGACUGUGGAACCUGAGUGUGAAAUUCAGAAUCGCUUGUUUGCAUUCGUUUCGGAGUCGAUUCUGCAUCCAUUUAUACCAUUGAAAGCCUUUUGCUUCCGAAACGUGCGUCCUGUAACCCCUUUCUUCUUUUGGCAGAAGUUAGCAUCCUCUCUUAAUUUUUGCUCUUGACCGCAUAUUUUGCGUCAAUUAAAUAAAUAGAUUUUUGAGGAAACAGACGAUACAGACCACGUAAGGUGUGGCUAGAAAAUGUCAUAUUUCAAAGUGGUGAAAUGGUCGUGGUCGUAUCUACGUUAUAGCGUAACACGAUCAAAGUGAUUUAUAUGCACAAAUGUACCAGCGAUGGGUGCCAGUGGGCGAAAAAUGCUUACUAGUUAGGUCUUUUUGAGGUACAUAGCUUUUAAAAAUUUUCCUUGAACUUCAUUCCAUGUUCUUCUUGUGAUCAUGUUUCUUUCCUUAAUGGCUUAGUCAUUUAUCAAGCACUUUUGGCCUUUGCGAUUAUUUCAUUCUGUACCAUGUUCAUAUAAACUUUCGUAUCUUGCAGAUUAAGAGAAUUGUUGAUCCAUUUCUUAGAAUACCCGCCUAAUAUAUUACAGAGGUUCUUACUUAAUGACAGAAAUAACGUAUCGAAGUAGAUUGGUCUUUAUUUCCUUUAAAGAGGACCUGUAUUUCUAUACGUAUCUUUAAUUUCUAUAGACCGACGAAUUUCAACAGACCCUGCGACAGCUUCCAGGCCUUCCCGAAGUGCGAUUGUUUGUGAAGGCUGCGUUCUACAAUCGGGAUCAACCUGCUGCUGAUGUUCUUGGCCAGCAAUGGCUCAUGGUGUUUCAUUUCAUGUCGGAGCAAAAUCUUAUCAAGCUAGAACUUGUGCCAGUGAGUUUCGAUAAUGAGCCCGAGGAUUACAAAUACCUGCACGCUUCAAGACGCCUUCCGGCUGUACUUCUUCCCGACUUCCAACUAGCUGCUUCAACGACCGACGAAUUAGAAUCUCUUUUGCGCAAGUUUCAACACCCCGACAUGAAACUUCCCUUUGAAUCGGAGGACGUGGCGACUGCUGAGCUUGCCUUUCUUGAUAUUUACAAGAGCAUGUUCAAUUUUGCCCGCAACGGCAUGGAACGACCUUUGCUGAAUGCUCUCCAACGUCUGGAGGACUACUUACAAAAACGGAACACUCGCUUUCUUUUGGGCGACACGCUCUCAUUUGCGGACUGUG